AUCCGAACUAUGGAGUACGUCCUGGCAGCCAACGCUGGUCAGCGGCAACCUUCCCUCCGGAAAGAGCGCACCUUCCACCGGCGCCUAGCCUUGGACGAUGUUCCAGACCAGCACCUGCGUUACUACAGGUUCCCGAGGGAACAUAUUCGGGCCCUUUGUACGACACUAGAGCCUCGACUGCAGCGGCCUACGGCGCGGUCUCGCACCUUACCGGUGGACGUGCAAGUGCUGCUCGCUUUGCGCUUUUACGCAAGCGGCAGUUUUCAGUCUAUGGUAGGGGACACGGUUGGCGUGAGCCAAUCGAGUGCGUCGCGCAUUGUGGCACAAGUAACUGACGCCCUGUGCUCGCUGGCUGCGGAGCACAUACGCUUCCCGACGACAAUGAGGGCUGCUAAUGCUAUGGCCAUCGCCUUUUCGCAGAUAGCUGGGUUCCCCAAGGUCCUAGGAUGCAUUGAUGGCACUCAUGUGCAAAUCAAGCCUCCAAAGCGCCAGGAACACUUGCACAGGAACCGAAAAGGCCUGUACACAAUCAAUAUACAAGCAAUCUGCAAUGCUGAGGGUGUCAUUACCCAGCUGACAUCGAAAUGGCCCGGCAGGUGCUUUCAGAGACGGGAAUCGCCCGACGGCUGGUUACUAGGUGACUCUGGGUAUGCUUUAGAGCCAUGGCUGCUCACCCCUGUAAGGUCUCCGGUUGGCCCUGCCGAGGAGCAGUACAACUCGGCCCACACUCGGACGAGGCAAGUCAUUGAGAGGACCUUCGGGGUUCUAAAGGGACGCUUCAGGUGCCUGCACCAGUCCGGGGGUGCUCUACAGUACAAUCCGCUGAUGUGCACCAAAAUAGUGGUGGCAUGCACCAUGCUGCACAACAUGUGUGUCCGACAUGGCAUUGACUUCAGCUUUACUGAUGAUGACCCUUUCUUGGACGAGGGAGGGGAUGACCCUGAACUACCAUGUCUGCAAGAAGACACAGCAGCUGGAAUUGUGCGACGCCAGGUUAUUCAGGCCAUCCAUUCAUUGGCUGAGCAGAUGUAAUGGCACUACAUCCAGCACUUCAUCGCCAUGUGCUUUCUGGCUCCAGCAAAAUUGACAGAUAAAUAUGCGGGAUUUUACGUACCAAAACAACAAUGUGAUCACCUGAGACACCCUAAUGGAGGAUCAUCUGAUAUUUUUCAACGUUCACGGACAUCGCACAUUACACAGACCUUUACCAUUUCUCCUCCAUUGAAAUGAGACAGCCGCGGCUGGAAUCGCACCUGCGACCUUGGGAUAAGCAGCGACCUACUCUAGCCACUGAUUUUCCAAGGGGGGCAAAAUAUACAGAAUAACACGACUAUUAGUGAUCAGGCCGGGUUGUUCAGUGUACUACUCAGAUUGAUAUGUGCAUUGAAAUAGCUGGAGGACCUAUAUUUGUAUGCUCACUACUGGUGUAUAUGCACUUCAAGCUUUGUGCAGUACGCCCUGCUGUAGAUCCUUUUUUUUUGAAUACGGAAUGUGUAUCGUUAAUUGCAUUUUGAAAGCAAUAUUCUCGAGUAGCCUUGCAUUAACGCUUCAGAGUAGUUGUCAUUGUCAGCAGUCAAAACUUUAAUGCUCGGUGCUACGAUCCAGUAACUGCUAAGCCAGCAGAGUGUCAUUAUUUCGUUUUUUUACUUGGUUGCCAAGGAAAACAUAAGCACAGCAAUAAUGAUCUUGUGUAAACUCUGGACUGGGUACAAGAGUGAAAUAAGAAUUUCUCUCCACCUUGUGUGCACAUUUCUAUGCUUUAUCUUCUAUGUAAUGUUAUGCCACUGCCUGCCAGUCUUCUCUUAAAAUGGACCUCAAUGUACAAACUAUGUAUUUUCAUGUACUGUUCACCCCACUGAACCUCGUUACUAUGUAAAUAGCUUCUCACUUGUGUAGCUGCGUCGUUGCUGUCGCCGCCGUGGAGUGCUGCUGCUGCGUUGCUGUGGCUCACCUACAUUUUAAAAUGACAUAACAUGACUAGUACCUAAUGUUGCACAAUGUUCAUAUGCCAUUUGGCAGUCACUAAAUGCAUGGUUGAUGCCUUUAGGAGUACCAAAUAUGGUUCAAAUGGCAUCUGUCUAGUGAAAUCUACCUUGUGAAACGUGAACAUUCCUUAUUUCUUUUUAACACAAUGAUCAUGCAUAACAGACGGUGUUGUGCCCUAACAAUGGUGCAUGACAGUCUUUGUGGCCCUCCACAUAAUGGAUUUUCCAAGAAAGUGUUUGCGGAUGUAUUAUUGCAGAGGGUAUGGUUUUUUUCUUCUCAAGGUAAUGCAAUUUAUUGCUUGGAAGCAUUACACAUUUAUGUCUAAGGUUAUGUGCACUUUUCUAUAUCAACAGGUCAUCAAAGUACUACGCCUGAACUAGUGAAAAACUGAUUUUUUAAGUUAUUGCAGCACAAAUAAAGAAUGCAAGUGAACAGUACGGUUGUCGGUGCUCUUCGUUCACUGGACCUCCAUCUGAAGCUGCCCCACUUUAGAGCUUGCCAGGCCAACGUGCACAAGCUUAGAAUGCGUGCUGCAUUCAUUCCAAGUAUCCCAGAGUAUUUGCGAAUACCGCUGAUGCACUUCUGUGUCUUUUCAUUAGGUGAACUGCUGCUUUCACCUUCUUUCAGAUGCUGCUAAAAUUUACAAAUUUGUCUAAUUUUUUCUCAGAUUUGCAUUCCUGAUAGAUAUGUGGUGUUUAAUGUCCCAAAACAACGGUAUGAUUAUGAAAACACCGUAGUGGUGGGCUCCGGAAAAUUUCGACCUUCUGAGGUUCUUUAACGUGCACCCUAAUCUUCACACUCGGGCCUACAGCAUUUUCACUUCUAUCGAAAAUGUAGCUGCCGCAGCCGGGAUUCGAUCAUGAGACUUGCAGGUCAGCAGAUGAGUACCUUAGCCACUAGACCACCGCAGCAAUGCCAGAUUUGCAUUCCUGCCACAUGUUAAAUUUCUUCAGUAUCUUUCUUGGUGCCCAAAAGUUACUUUAACUGUAUGCCAUAAAUUAUGUGCAUGAUGACUGGAUGAUUCGUUUUACUCUUUGAAGUUCCUAACAAAAGUGUGCAAACUGUAAAAUCAAAAGAUUUGUGCUAGAUUAUCUGCUCAUACAAUAGACAGACAGUCCACUGUUAAAGGGAACGCUUGCGUGCUCCAUGUGUCUGGGUUUCACAUUCUUGUAUGAGCAUCGGGCUUUAGAUUUGCAUGGUACUAUCAGUGAUUGCGAUUUUUAACUACUUUUGACAGCCUAAUGCUAUGUAUGAGCAUUGUUUUUUGCUUUUAAAAGGCCGGAAAUAUGAACUGGGAUCUUUUUUGCGUUCUUUUACAAACAGACCGUAGUGUACAUCGCUUUCGCAGAAUAGUGAGGUAUGGGCACUUCAUGCAGAUGGCUUGAUUGCAACAAGCAUGUACACGUCUCAAGGAUAGAAAAACUAAUUCUCCAAACUAUUGCUCAAGACUGCAUGCACCUGUACAUAUGUUUUCUACUACUCUUUAAUAUUGUAUGUGUAAACAGAUACGGGUAGGGUCACAUAUGUUGUAAAUCUUAAUAAGCAACUUUUCUAGGAAGUUUUGGUUGCUGUACUUUGUGUGUUUUAAAAAGGAAAUAAAAAUACAUGGUUUCUGUGUGCUUA